AUGACUACUUCGUUGCAGUCCAAUUUGACCCGUCCAUUGACGCUCAAGCAGGGCGUCACCGAAGUCUCGAUCCUCGUCCCCUCCGAUGUCUGGGUCGCUGCUGAGCAGCUCAGGGAAGAGUUCCUGAUCUCGGCCAACGCUGCCCCUUCUAUUGCCGAGGAUGCUGGAGCCGCUGCUGCAGAUGAUCAGGCACCCGAGAUGGCACUCGUCGCCCGUUUCCUCAAGUUUGCUACUGACAAGAGCGAGCAGAGCGAUCCAUCCCUGCAGUUUAUCCCCGUAUUGAAGACUGUUUUCGUGUUCUUUGUCGCCAAAUACCUCAAAGGAAACGACAUCCAUGUCGUUACCCGUCACCUGGCAAAGGAUACCCGUGUCGUCAUCAUCAACGCCUUUUUCUCCGCACUGGUCUUCCUCCGUUCCACGGAUGCACUCGUCCAGGGCGAGUACACCCAGCCGACCUCAGCUCUGUUUGCUGCUGCUGAUCAGGGAAGCGCCAAGCUCUUUGCCAUCUUUGGCGGCCAGGGUAACAUUGAGGAGUACUUUGAGGAGUUGGCCGACAUCUACGCCACCUAUACCACCUUGGUCCAGGACUACGUCGAGGACAUGGCCGCCGUGUUGCGCGAGCACGCCAGAUCCGAAGACGCCUCGGUCUUCCACUCCAAGGGACUCGAUGUCAUGGGCUGGUUGAGGAACCCAGACUCGAAGCCAGAUGUUGCGUAUCUAGUCUCUGCACCCGUCUCCCUGCCCUUGAUUGGACUUGUUCAGUUGAUGCACUAUUAUUUGAUGUUGAAGGUUCUCGACCAGACCCCAGAUCAGGUUCGCGAUGUUAUUUUGGGAUCAACCGGACACUCCCAGGGUAUCAUCUCUUCCGUUGUCAUCUCCUCCUCCGCCACCUUCGAGGAAUUCUUUACCAACUCACGCAAGGCCCUUGGCCUGCUCUUCUGGAUCGGAACCCGCUCUCAGGAAAUCUAUCCCCCAACCACCCUCAACCCCGCCAUUCUCCAGGACUCGCUCUCUAACAAUGAAGGUAACCCUACGCCUAUGCUGGUCGUUAACUCCCUCCGCGCAUCUGAGGUCUUCAAGUACGUCGAUGCCACCAACCUCCAUUUGCCUGAGGACCGUAAGAUCAAGAUUGCGCUGAUCAACGGUCCCCGCUCGGUCAUCUGCACCGGUCCUCCUCAGUCCUUGUAUGGUUUGAACCUGGCCCUGCGCAAGCUGAAGGCCCCCACAGGUCUGGAGCAGGGACGCGUCCCUUUCUCACAGCGAAAGGUCAAAUUUUCUUCCCGUUUCUUGCCCAUCACUGCACCCUUCCAUUCGUCUUACUUGGAUGGUGUUGCUGCUAUGGUUGAGCAGGAUAUCGCCCGUGAUGACUUGGCCUUCGAUCAUACCCGUAUGACUGUGCCUGUCUUCUCGACUGAUGUUGGCAAGAACAUCUCUGGAUCGCCCACAAUUACUAUGGACUUGGUCCACCAGAUCUUGUCUCUUCCCGUCCACUGGGAGAAGGCCACCGCCAUGGCUGGAUUGACCCAUGUGAUUGAUUUCGGUCCCGGUGGUUCCUCGGGAGUCGGUGCUUUAACGGCCCGAAACAGAGAUGGAACGGGUGUCCAGGUCGUGCUCGCUGGCGCCAGCGAAGGAAUCAACCGUGAGCUCUCGUAUAAGCCGGAUCUCUUUGAUGCCAACCCCACGUCUCUUCGCUACGCUCCUAACUGGGCUAGAGAAUUCCAGCCCAAGUUGGUUCGCUCUGUCAAUGGCGAUGUCCAUAUUGAUACUCGCAUGUCCCGCCUUCUCUCCAAGCCUCCACUGAUGGUUGCUGGUAUGACCCCCUCAACCGUCAACGAGAUCUUUGUCAGUGCCGUCAUGAACGCUGGAUAUCACAUCGAGUUGGCUGGUGGCGGACAUUAUAAUGAGGCUGCGGUCCGAAGCAAGGUCAAGAAGAUCAUGCACCUCACCACACCUGGCGCUGGCAUCACGUUGAACACUUUGUUCAUUAACGUCCGCCAGUGGGGUUUCCAGGCUCCUUUGGUCCCUAAGCUGCGUCGCGAGGGUCUUCCCAUGGAAGGUUUCUGCUGUGCUGCUGGUGUCCCCUCCCUUGAGGUUGCUAGCGAGUUCAUCACGGACAUGUUCGGCGCCGGAAUCCGUCACAUUUCUUUCAAGCCUGGUUCUACAGAGUCGAUCCGUCAGGUCCUGGCCAUCGCCGCUGCUCACCCUGAGAUGCCCAUCAUUCUGCAGUGGACUGGUGGUCGUGCUGGUGGCCAUCAUAGUUUCGAGGAUUUCCAUCAGCCCAUCUUGGACACCUACUCUGCUAUCCGUCGUCACUCCAACGUCGUCUUGGUUGCCGGUUCUGGGUUCGGUGGCGCCGAGGACACCUAUCCCUACCUCACUGGAGACUGGUCUGUUCAGCUCGAUUACCCCCCAAUGCCAUUUGAUGGCAUCCUUUUCGGUUCCCGUGUGAUGGUUGCCAAGGAGGGCAUGGCCUCGCUCGGCGUCAAGCAGGCGAUUGUCGAUGCUCCCGGAGUUGAUGAUUCCGAGUGGGAGAAGACCUACAAGGGUCCCACCGGAGGCGUCAUGACUGUUCGUUCGGAGUUGGGUGAGCCCAUUCACAAGAUUGCCACCCGCGGUGUCAAACUGUGGAAAGAGAUGGAUGAUACCAUCUUCUCUCUUCCCAAGGAUAAGCGCACCGCUGCUCUUUUGGCUAAGAAGGACUACAUUAUCAAGCGCCUGAAUGCCGACUUCCAAAAGGUUUGGUUCGGUAAGAAGGCUGAUGGCAGUGUUGCAGAUCUUCAGGAUAUGACCUAUGAGGAGGUUAUCAACCGCAUGAUCGAGCUCAUGUUCAUCAAGCACGAGGAGCGCUGGAUCGACCACUCCCACCGCAACCUGUUGGGCGAUGUCCUGCGUCGCAUUGAGGAGCGUUUCGUCGGCGCUGAGAAGGACUCGAUUGUUCAGACCUACUCCCAGCUCGAUAUUCCUUUCGACUUUGCUCAGGAGUUCAUCAACACUUACCCAUUGACCAAGACUCAGCUCUUGACCACCGAGGAUGUUGGAUACUUCUUGUUCCUGAUGAACCGUCGCGGUCAGAAGCCCGUGCCGUUCAUCCCUGUUUUGGACAAGGACUUUGAGGUCUGGUUCAAGAAGGACUCCCUCUGGCAGGCCGAGGAUUUGGCUGCCGUCGUCGACCAGGAUGUUCAGCGUACCUGUAUUCUUCAGGGACCCACUGCUGUUCGCUACGCCACUCAGGUGGACGAACCCGUCAAGGACAUUCUCGAUGGAAUCUUCCACAGCCAUGUCGCCUCGCUCAAGGAGCGCUACUACAAAAACGAUGAUGCCAGCAUCCCUCAAGUCGAGUAUUUCGGCGGCAAGCCUGGUCGUUUCCAGUCUGCUAUGAGCAAGGUUUCCCCCUUGGUCAAGGUCGAGUUGUAUGAGGACGGCAAGGUCAAGACGGUCGAGACCUCGAUGCUGGAGUCGAGCCUGCCUCAGACUGAGGACUGGCUUGAGUACCUCGCUGGCGUCGAUGCUUCCUGGUUCCGUGCCUUGUUGACGGCUCCUGCUGUUAUCCAAGGCAAGAAGUUCCUGGACAAUCCUCUCGCCCGUAUUUUCCGUCCCCGUGUGUCCCAGGCUGUCCAUUUUGAGUACACUGGUCAGAAGCUCCAAACCGUUACCGUCUACGAUCGCCGUUCGUGGUCGGCCUCAAGCAAGACCGAUGAGCUGUCGCCCUCUCUUCGUGCUCGCCUGCAGCCCAACGAACUAAUUGAGGUUGUCCUGGUUGAGAAGAACGGCGAGCGCCUGAUUCCAUUCCCUCUUCUCUUUCACUAUACCCCUGAGAAGGGCUAUGCCCCCAUCCACGAGGUCAUGGAGGGCCGCAAUGAGAGAAUCAAGGAGUUCUACUACAAGCUGUGGUUCCCUUCGGAGGAGGGUCAGUUCAACGCCUGCCUUGCCACCAAUGCCUUUACCGAGCAGUUCAUCUGCAACGGUGAGCAGGUAAACACUCCCGAAAUCAAAGAGUUCUGCCAGGCUGUUGGUAACCAGGCCGAGCUCUACGUUGAACGUCGCCAGAAGGUCGUCUAUGCUCCCAUGGAUUUCGCUAUCGUCGUUGGUUGGAAGUCAAUCAUCAAGGCGAUUUUCCCCAAGUCGAUUGACGGUGAUCUUUUGAAGUUGGUCCAUCUUUCGAACGGUUUCCGCAUGCUCGAUGGCGCUGAGUCUUUGAAGCAGGGUGAUAUCGUCGACACUGUGGCGGAGAUCAACGCUGUUGUCAACAACGACUCUGGCAAGUUGGUCCAGGUCAAGGGUGUGGUCUUGCGUGAGGGCAAGCGUGUCAUGGAGGUCACUUCCGAGUUUUUGUACCGCGGCACCUUCACUGAUUACCACAACACCUUCCAGAAGAUUGUCGAGCUUCCCAUGGAGGUCAAACUGACCUCUGCCAAGGAUGUCGCAGUCUUGAAGAGCAAGGAGUGGAUUCACUGGGCGGAGGGUGAGCACACCGUUGGACCCAAUGCUUCGCUGGUCUUCCGUCUAAAUACUAUCCUUCGUUUCAAGAACAAGACUAUCUUCUCCCACGUCGAGACCACUGGUACAGUCACUAUGCAGAUCUCGACCAAGGAGCAUGUUGAGAUCGCCAAGGUUCACUACAGCAACGAGGAGGAGACCCAUGGAAACCCUGUCCUUGGUUAUCUGAAGCGUCACGGCAGCCCUAUUGAGCAGGCCAUCCACUUUGAGAAUGGCGGCUAUUCAGUCAUGCCUGAGGGUGCCUACAGCUCGGAAGUCAUCUCUCCCUUUAGCAACGAGCCCUAUGCCAAGGUCUCGGGCGACUUCAAUCCCAUUCACGUCAACCCUUAUUUUGCUGACCUUGCUGAGCUCCCCGGAACCAUCACCCACGGCAUGUGGACUAGUGCUUCGACCCGCAAGUUUGUGGAGAUUUUCGCUGCAGAGAACCAUCCUCAGCGUGUCACCAGUUACGAAGUCAGCUUCUUGUCCAUGGUUCUUCCUCAGGAUCGUCUUUCGACCAAGCUGUCACACAUUGGUAUGAUCAACGGCAAGAAGAUCAUCAAGGUUGAAACCUUCAAUCAGAACGGCACCAAGGUCGUUGAGGGCACCGCUGAGAUCGACCAGCCUACCAUCGCCUACGUCUUUACCGGUCAGGGAUCUCAGGAGCAGGGAAUGGGAAUGGCUCUCUACGAUUCCUCCCCUGUCGCAAAGGACAUCUGGCAAAGGGCCGAUCGCCAUUUCUUGGAGAACUAUGGUUUCUCCAUCUUGGAUAUUGUCCGCAACAACCCUCACAAGAAGACGAUUCACUUUGGUGGUCCCAAGGGUAACGCCAUCCGUCAGAAUUACAUGUCGAUGCGCUAUGAUAUUGUUGCUCAGGAUGGCUCGAUCCAGUCGUUGCCUCUGUUCCCUGGCAUCAACGAGACCACCCACUUUUAUACCUUCCAGUCCCCCAACGGUCUAUUGGCUGCCACUCAGUUCACCCAGCCCGCCUUGACCUUGAUGGAGAAGGCUGCUUUUGAGGACAUGCGUUCUAAGGGAUUGAUCCAGGCCAACUGCGCCUUUGCUGGUCACUCGCUCGGAGAAUACUCUGCCUUGGCUGCCAUUGGUGAGGUGCUCCCCAUCGAGUCCUUGGUUGAUGUCGUCUUCUACCGUGGUAUGACUAUGCAGGUUGCCGUACCUCGCGACGAGCUCGGUCGCUCCAACUACGGAAUGGUCGCUAUCAACCCCUCGCGUGUCUCGCCCACCUUCAACGACUCUGCCCUUCGCUAUGUCGUUGAUGCUAUUGCCAGACAAUCCAACGGGCUUUUGGAAAUUGUCAACGAGAACGUUGAGAACUGGCAGUAUGUCGCUGCUGGAGAGCUCUCCAACCUCGAUGCCCUUUCGACUGUCUUGAACUACAUCAAAGUCCAGAAGAUUGAUCUUCAGAAGCUGAUGGAGUCCAUGCCUCUCGAGGAGGUCAAGAAGCACUUGUCCCAGAUCAUUGCCGGUGCUCUCGAGAAGGUUGCCGAGAAAUUGGCCAAGGAUGGCUUCAUCAAACCUGAGCGCGGUGUUGCUACCAUUCCCUUGGCUGGAAUCGACGUGCCCUUCCACUCCAGCUUCUUGCUCUCCGGUGUAGCCCCCUUCCGUACCUACCUCGCCAAGAAGAUCAACCCUACCUUCAUCAACGUUCCUCUGUUGACUGGCAAGUACAUUCCCAACUUGACAGCCCAGCCCUUCAGCAUCGAAAAGUCGUACAUCGAGGGUGUUUACAACAUGACUUCCUCACCCCGUCUCGGCAAGGUCCUCAAGAACUGGAUCGACACCAAGCUCACUGCCAAGCAGCAGCAGCGUCUCGGAUAUACCCUCUUGGUUGAGCUGCUUGCAUACCAGUUUGCUUCCCCUGUGCGCUGGAUUGAGACCCAGGACCGACUCUUCAAGGAGUUCAAUGUUACCCGUCUGAUCGAGGUUGGACCCUCGCCCACUCUUUGCGGUAUGGCUCAGCGUACUCUCAAGUUUAAGUACGAGGCCUACGAUGACGCCUUGACCUUCCAGCGUUCGACUCUUUGCAGUUCUAAGGACGCCAAGGAGAUUUACUAUGCCAUGGAUAAUGUUGAGUCGUCAGCUCCCGCUCCUGCCGCUGCCCCUGCUGCCCCAGUGGCCAGGGCUGUUCCCGUUGCGGCUGCCCCCGCCCCUGUCGCUGCUGCCGCUGGCCCUGCUGCUGCCGUUGCUGACGCACCUAUCAAGGCCGUCGAGAUCUUGCACGUCAUUGUUGCCCAGAAGGUCAAGAAGUCGUUGGAGGAGAUUCCUCUCUCCAAGGCCAUUAAGGAUCUCGUUGGAGGCAAGUCCACUCUCCAGAACGAGAUUUUGGGUGAUCUCCAGAAAGAGUUUGGUGGCAGUGGAUUCCCUGAGAAGGGUGAGGAGGCUCCUUUGGAAGAGCUCGCCAAUGCCCUCCAAGCCAACUUCAACGGUGCUCUCGGCAAGCAGACUACGUCCUUGAUCUCAAAGAUGAUCGGAUCCAAAAUGCCUGGUGGUUUCUCGCUCUCGACUGCCAAGGCUUACCUCCAAAAGACUCACGGUUUGGGUUCCGUUCGUGCCGAUGGUGCUCUGUUGGUUGGUUUGACCAUGGAGCCAGCUGCCCGUCUCACCGGUGUUCCUGAGGCCAACGCUUGGUUGGACACCGUUGCCCAGGCUUAUGCUCGUCGUGCUGGUAUCACCCUCGGUGCCGGUGCGCCUGCUGGCGCUGGCGCUCCUGCCAUGAUGGCUGCUGCCCCCGCUGGCGCUGGUGCUCCUGCCGCUGUGGCCGAUGUCCCUAUCAAGGCUGUUGAUAUCCUUCAUGUCAUUGUCGCUCAGAAGGUCAAGAAGUCUGUUGAAGAGAUUCCUCUCUCCAAGGCUAUCAAGGACCUUGUCGGCGGCAAGUCGACUCUUCAGAACGAGAUUUUGGGUGAUCUGCAGAAGGAGUUUGGCGGCAGUGGAUUCCCUGAGAAGGGUGAGGAGGCUCCCUUGGAGGACCUUGGAAAUGCUCUCCAGAGCAACUUCAACGGCGCUCUCGGCAAGCAGACGACUUCUUUGAUUGCCAAGAUGAUCGGAUCCAAGAUGCCCGGUGGUUUCACUCAGUCUUCAGCCAAGGCCUACCUUGCCUCUGCAUACGGCUUGGGUCCUCUCCGCGCUGAUGGUGCUCUCCUCUUGGGUCUUACCAUGGAGCCCAAUGCUCGUCUCGGAGCCGAGGCCGAUGCCAAGGGCUGGUUGGAUACUGUUGUUCAGGCCUACGCUCGUCGCUCCGGUAUCUCCCUCGGUGGUGGUGGCGGUGGAGCUGCGGCCGGUGGAGCUGUUGGCGGAGCUAUGAUGAACAGCGAGGAGUUCAACCAGUUCCAGGCUAAGCAGAAUGCCAUGAUGUACCAGCACCUCGAGAUCUAUGCUCGCUACCUCGAGAAGGAUCUUCGUGCUGGCGAGAAGAUGUAUGAGGAGGAAAAGAUUGCUACUCUCCGUCUCCAGGCCGAUAUUGAUCAGUGGAUGGCUGAGCACGGUGAUUACUAUGCUGAGGGUAUCAAGCCCGUCUUCAGCACCAAGAAGGCCCGUAUGUAUGAUUCGCACUGGAACUGGGUCCGUCAGGACGCCUUGUCGCUCCUUUACGACAUUAUCUUUGGACGCCUUACUGUCGUCGACCGUGAGGUCGUGGCUCAGUGCAUCCACGUCAUGAACCGCGCCAACCCCCAGCUCCUGGAGUUCAUGAUCUACCGCAUCGACAAUACCGCUGCUGACCGCGGAAAGACCUAUGCUCUUGCCAAGGAGUUCGGUAACUUGCUGAUUCAGAACUGUCGCGAGGUCCUCGAUAUUUCUCCUGUCUACAAGGACGUUGGUGUUCCCACUGGUCCUUCGACUACGAUUGACAACAGGGGCAGCAUCCUGUAUGAAGAGGUCCAACGCGCCAAUUGUCGUAAGUUGGAUCAUUACGUCAAGGACAUGGCUGUUGGUGGCAAGAUGUCCGAGUUCAGUAACCGCCAGAAAGUUCAGAAGAACUUGGCCCAGAUCUACAAGAUCAUCAAGGCCCAAAACACGAUGAAGUCUUCGUCCAAGUUGGCCAUUAAGUCGCUGUAUGGUGAGGUUAUCCACUCCAUCAACAUGUCCAACAGCAUCAUCCGCGAGGAGAAGAACCGUCGUGCCAGCCGUGCCCGUCGUCCCUCGGUGAAUGUCAACGCCGACCGCCCUAAAAAGGCCAAGAAGGAGACUAUUCCAUUCUUGCAUCUAAAGAAGAAGAACGCCCAAUCCGAGAGCGGAUGGGAGUUCAGUCAGCGUCUGACCGGUGUCUAUCUCGAUGUCUUGACCAACAUGGCCAAGGAUGGUAUAACCUACGAGAACCGCAUGGUGCUCAUGACCGGUGCUGGUAAGGAUUCGAUCGGUGCUGCCAUCCUCAAGGGUCUCUUGUCUGGAGGCGCCAAGGUCGUUGUCACCACUUCGCGUUUCAGCCGUGAGGUCACUGAGUAUUACCAAUCGAUCUACCAGCGUCACGGUUCGAAGAACUCUGCCCUCGUGGUCGUUCCUUUCAACGGCGGUUCGAAGCAGGAUGUCGAUGCCUUGGUCAACUACAUCUACGAUAAGGAUCCUAAGAAGGGCCUUGGAUGGGAUUUGGACUACAUCAUUCCUUUCGCUGCCAUCUCUGUGCAGGGCAAGGAGAUCGACAAUAUUGACUCUCAGUCCGAGUUGGCCCACCGUAUCAUGUUGACCAACGUCCUGCGCCUACUGGGUAACGUCAAAACUAAGAAGAUGGAGAAUGGCUACGACACCCGCCCUGCUCAGGUAAUCUUGCCCCUCUCGCCCAACCACGGAACAUUCGGUGCCGAUGGUCUCUAUGGUGAAUCCAAGGUCGCGCUCGAGACUUUGUUCAACCGCUGGACAUCCGAGUCCUGGUCCGCCUACUUGACCAUCACUGGAGCCGUUAUCGGCUGGACUCGUGGAACUGGAUUGAUGAGCGGUAACAACAUUGUUGCCGAGGGUCUCGAGAAGUAUGGUGUUCGCACCUUCUCCUCUCAGGAGAUGGCUUUCAACAUUCUUGGUCUUAUGCACCCCUCGAUCACCAGCCUCUGCCAGAUUGAGCCUGUCUGGGCUGAUUUGAACGGUGGUCUCCAGUACCUGCCUAACCUGAAUGAGAUCAGCGCCAACUUACGUGCCGAAUACCGCCAGACCUCCGAGAUCCGCAAGGCUAUCGUCGCAGAGAACACCCUGGAUUUCAAGGAGACCCAUGGUGCCGAGGCUGAGCGCAAACAUCAGUCCCACAAGGUCACUCCUCGUGCCAACAUGAAGUUCCCCUUCCCCGAGCUCAAGAAGUACAAGGAUCUCUCGCAUGCCCACAAGUUGAGAGGCAUGCUUGAUCUUGAGAAGGUUGUUGUCGUCACCGGUUUCAGUGAAGUUGGUCCAUGGGGUAACUCUCGCACUCGUUGGGAGAUGGAGGCCCACGGCCAGUUCUCGCUUGAAGGGUGUAUUGAGAUGGCUUGGAUCAUGGGCUUCAUUAAGCACCACAAUGGGCCUCUCAAAACUGGUACUCCUUACUCUGGAUGGGUUGAUGUCAAGACUGGCGAGCCUGUCAAGGACCGUGAUGUUAAGGCCAAGUACGAGAAGCAGAUUUUGGAGCACACUGGUAUCCGUCUGAUUGAGCCAGAGCUCUUUGGUGGAUACGAUCCCAAGCGCAAGGGUCUUUUGCAGGAGGUCUUGAUUGACCACGACCUCGAGCCCUUCGAGGUCUCGAAGGAUGAGGCUCACAUGUUCAAGCUCGAGCAUGGUGACAAAGUCGACAUCUACGAGGAGGAAUCCGGCCAGUGGGCUGUCAAGUUUAAGAAGGGCGCCAACAUGUACAUUCCCAAGGCACUCAAGUUUGAUCGCCUCGUCGCUGGUCAGAUCCCUACUGGAUGGGAUGCUGCUCGUUAUGGUGUGCCCAAGGACAUCAUCGACCAAGUUGAUACCAUCACUCUCUACGUCUUGAUUUCGACUGUCGAGGCCUUGGUCGCCUCUGGUAUUACCGAUCCUUACGAGUUCUACCAGUACGUCCACGUCUCCGAGGUCGGUAACACUGCUGGUUCUGGUGUAGGAGGUAUGCUCUCGCUCCGUGGCAUGUACCGCGAUCGUUACACGGACAAGCCUGUGCAGAAGGACAUCUUGCAAGAGUCGUUCAUCAACACCAUGCCUGCUUGGAUUAACAUGUUGCUCCUGUCGUCUUCUGGACCCAUCAAGACCCCAGUCGGAGCCUGCGCUACUGCUGUCGAGUCCGUCGAAAUUGGUGUGGACACGAUCCAGAGCGGUAAGGCAAAGAUUGUUAUUGUUGGAGGUUACGAUGACUUCCAGGAGGAGGGUUCGUACGAGUUCGCCAACAUGAAGGCUACCAGCAACACUGAGGAGGAGUUCGCCCACGGACGCACUCCUAAGGAGAUGUCUCGCCCUGCUACCUCGACUCGCUCUGGUUUCAUGGAGUCCCACGGAGCUGGUAUCGAGAUCUUGAUGCAGGCUAAGCUGGCCAUCGAGAUGGGUGUCCCUAUUUAUGGUAUUGUUGCUCUCACUAACACCGCCACGGACAAGGAGGGCCGCUCUGUUCCUGCUCCUGGUCAGGGUGUCUUGACUACCGCUCGCGAGGCCAAGGGCAAGAUGCCUUCCCGUCUCUUGGACAUCAAGUACCGCAAGCGUCAAAUUGAUGCUCGCCGUGCCCAGAUCAAGCAGUGGGUGGAGAACGAGUAUGCCGAGUUGUCUUAUGAGCUUGAGGAACUCAAGGGUAACAAUGCCUUGACUGUGACCGAGGAGGAGUAUCUCGCUUCUGAGACUGAGCGUAUCCAGAAGGAAGCCCAGCGCCAGCAUCGUGAGGCGCUCAACCUCUGGGGUAACGAGUUCUACAAGCAGGAUCCUCAGAUCGCACCCCUCCGUGGUGCUCUUGCAUCAUUCGGCUUGACAAUCGACGAUAUCGGUGUCGGAUCCUUCCACGGUACGUCGACCAAGGCCAACGACAAGAACGAGUCCGACGUCGUGAACAAGCAGAUGGAGCACUUGGGCCGUAGCAAGGGUAACGCCUUGCCCUCGAUCUGGCAGAAGUACCUGACUGGUCAUCCCAAGGGUGCCGCUGCUGCCUGGAUGAUGAACGGUGUCCUCCAGGUCCUCCAGACUGGUUUGAUUCCCGGCAACCGUAACGCCGACAACAUCGACGACACGAUGAGACAGUUCGAGUACGUCCUUUAUACUUCGCGAUCGAUCCAGACUGAUGGUGUCAAGGCUGGUUUGCUCAAGUCGUUCGGUUUCGGUCAGGUCGGUGGUGAGGUGCUCCUGGUCCACUCCGACUAUAUCUUGGGUGCUCUUGAGGAGCACGAGUAUGAGGCUUACAUCAACAAGCGUCAAGCCCGUCAGGCCAAGUCAUACCGCUACCUCCAUGACUCGAUGACUGGUGGUCCAGCUCUGGUCCAGGUCAAGAACGCUCCCCCAUACACGCCCGAGCUCGAGUCGCCCGUGUACCUCAACCCCCGUGCGCGUGCCCAGUAUAACAAUGCGACCAAGUCGUGGUCUUUCAACGCCAAGGCCCUUGUUCCCGCCUCGGAGAAGAUUGAUGUAGACAUGACCCGCGCGAUCCUCGAGACCUCUGCUACAGAGUCUCUCAACCAGUCCUCGAGUUCGUCCCGCGGUGUUGGUGUAGAUGUUGAGAUGGUUUCUGCGAUCAACAUUGAGAACGACACGUUCCUCGAGCGCAACUUCACGCAGAAGGAAAUUGACUACUGCUUGAGCCGGCCAGAUCCCCAGUCCAGCUUUGCAGGACGUUGGUCUGCCAAGGAGGCGGUCGUAAAGGCCGUGUCGUCGUUCUCGCUCGAGUCGGAGAAGGUCUGGACUCAGGGUGCUGGUGCGGGACUGAAGGAGAUUGAGAUCGUGAUGGCCGAGAGUGGUGCACCCUCGGUCGUGUUCUCGGGUGCAGCACAGGAGGCAGCUGCCAAGGCUGGCGUGAAGGAGAUCAAGGUGUCGAUCAGCCAUUCGGGCGCUUACGCAGUUGCGGUUGCAAAUGCGUUGUAA